AUGGUCGAUAUCAGUUCGCUGACUGCACGGGAUAGUGCUAUGGCUGAACAGAUUCUUAGUUCGCAUCUGGAUUAUGUGCCGGCCAGAAAACCAGAGACAAGUGCUGCCAAACCGGCCAGUUAUGUGCUUAUUAAGCCGUCUAAAGACGACCAUGACUCCGAGAGCUCGGACGAAGAUGAGGAAGAAACCACUGAAAAUGAAGACGAUUCGGGUUCGUCUACGACUGUUAGUACUCCUCAAAGCUCAGAAGACGAAAAUAAUCUCCGUCAUAAGGUCGGAAAGGGUGUAUUAACCCCCCUUUCGAGUCCUGAUAGUGAUACUGAGAGCGAUGAUGAUGAGUUGAAUGUUGGUCAGCUCAAAUAUUUUGACGCUGAAGAUGAUCAGGAUGAAGACGAAGAUGGCGAUUUCUCAAGUGGGUCGGAUGAAGGUGGUGAUGACGUGGAUGAUGACGAAGAUGAUAAUAAUAGUGAAGGAAGUAGUGAUAGUGAUGAGAGUGAUGAGACUGAUGGUGACGAUGAAGAUGCCAGUGGUUUAGAGAAUGGAGAGCAAAGCGAUAGCGAAGUGUCGAAGUUAGCACUGGGAUCAAGAGUUAGUCCAUUGGCGUUAGCAACAAACAAAACCAGUGGGAAUAAUACUGCUGGUGCAGCUGGUACUGCUAACACAACUGAUUCUAAGAGUGAAUCAUCGUCCGAGUCGUCAUCAGCUAUCUCGCCAAUGAGACUGUUUUAUGAUAUUAACGAGUCUACUACCGAUAAAGGAUCGCGGUCGAAUUCGCAUAUCGUGAAAUCGUGGAGAAGUCUCACUAUGGCUCCAAACGGGCUGGAGAACCGGUCGGUUACGUGCUAUAUGAAUGCUGCUAUGCAGGCUAUUUUCCAUGUUCCAGCCAUGGCUCAUUACUUGAUGGAUAUUGCCCAGUCAAGAUACAAAAACACCAUUUCCAAUAGCUCGGUGAGCAGUGAUUUAGCGGGUCUGCUGAAAAGACUGUAUGAGCCAGGUAAGAAGCGUAAAGUGUAUCCUAUCAAGAUCAUUCGCAGACUGCCUGAUAUCAACUGUAUGAUGUCGGAAUGGCAACAAGAGGACUCGCACGAGUAUUUCAUGUCGUUAAUCAGUCGUCUCCAAGAAGACAGUGUUCCAAAGGGCAAGAAACUGAACUCGUCUAUUAUCCAUGAGAUCUUUGGUGGAAAUAUCGACCAGAAGGUCACUUGUAAAACAUGUGGCCAUGUAUCUACUACACAUCAGGAUUUCUACGACCUUCCUGUAUCGUUUUCGUCUCGCGAGGCAAAGGCUUAUAAAGCCGCCAAAGAAGGUCUAGAAACUAGUAAUGCCAAUGGUUCCAACACAUCAACCACUAACAACAAUUCUAAUAUCCAGUCAAAUACUGUAACUAGUGCAAGUGCCGUUGUUGCUACCAACGGAUCAGCUGGUUCAGCUACUACUGGAACUGCUCCUAAAGCAAAAUUCACUCUUGAAGGAUCGAUUCAAGACUUUUUCUCGCCUGAACUAAUCAAACCAGACGCUAAAAACAAGUCUGGAUACCAGUGUGAAAAGUGCAAGAACCUCACAUCGGCUAUUAAAAUCAGUCGUAUAAACGACGCUCCUGAAUAUCUUACCGUGCACAUCAAGAGAUUCAAGUUCCAGGGCUCGCAUUCACAAAAGCUCAAGGAAACAAUGAAAUACCCCUUGGAUUUGGACCUCACAAAGUACUCGGUUUCUGGAGAACCUAUUAAAUACCGUCUUGUCAGCGUGAUUGUCCACGAAGGCCGUACUGUUUCUAGCGGUCACUACAUCGCGCUGUGUCGUCAACCAAACAACACCUGGGCCGAGUACGACGAUGAAUGCGUUCGUAAGGUGUCGGAAAAGGCUGUUCUCCGUCAAAACUCUGCAUACAUGCUUAUUUAUUCACGUCUGACUCGUAUUAAACAGACGGCUCCCACAGCCAAACCCUUGAAAACCAAGACCAAGGCUCGAGAUGUCGAGUCUACAGAAAAACUUCGAGACAAGACCAAGAAACUCGUCAACACAGGACCUACUCCUUCACCUGCCCGAUCGCCUGUUCGUGCUACUCCCUCGGCUCUACCACUGGCACUUGCUCCUACUCCUACAAGUGCAUCUCCAGUGCCAGGGUCGCCAAUCGCAUCCAAACACAAGUCCAAAAAAUCAUCGUCGAACCCUACUAAACCAGCUGGUGAAAACAAACGUCAGCUCGACGACGAAAUCGACCAGAUCUUCAACAAGAAAACAAAAGUGUUUUAA